GAACUAUUUUUUUAAUGAAUUAAAUCAGGUAUCUUUUUAGGUAAAGCUAGCAUUUCAUACUGGCUGUACCCUCUGUCUUCAGUCUCUCCAUACCUUCUGUUUGAAAGUAUGUAUCUCUUGGUAUGUUACCUUUUUGUUAUAUUGCCUUUCCUUCUUGUUUAAUGAGAACAUUCGUCCCCAAAGUGAAUGUCUAUUUUAUGUUCUGUGGAUACUGAUAGUUUCCAGGCGUAAAUAUAUGCAGCUGUAUGAAUGUGAAGAUCAUUCUUCUUGGGAAAAAACACAGGUUCAGCAAAAGCCCAAAUAACAAAACAAAAAAACAGGCAGUAUUGCCGGUGUGAUUGCAAUCAGUGGAGCAUCCCGUGACUGCCUCCCUGCACACACUGUGAGCAGUUGUAGUUUGUAAGAUGAGGGGAGGGCGUGUGUGAAGAGUCUCUUUAUAGACGUCCAGACGGAGGAGAAAUCAGUUUCACCAGCUCUACUACAGAUCAGAGGGACACACUGGGUCAUCCCAACUCUGCCAUGUGAUUUUCAUUACAGCAACUUGGGGAAGAGGUCAACUGUGGAAGGCUUAAGUCACCAGAUCUCAACCCAGAUGAACGCCUAUGGGAGAUUUUGGAGCAAAUAGUUAGACCACCACCAUCAUUAAAAUAACAAAUGAGGGAAUCUCUUUUAGAAGGAUGGUGUUCAUUCCUCCAGUAGAGUUCAAAUGGAAACAAUGUCAAGGAGCACUGAAGCUGUUCUGGAGAUUCAUGAUGGCCCAACACUUUACUAAGACACUUAGUAAUGUAUUGGCGUGGCAAGGGAAAACACAUGAAGAAGCAAGGAAAAGGCAACACUGCCAGCAACCCCCUCUCUUCCCCAACAGGGAGCAGCAGUGUGCAGGUCUAUCAUGACUACCAGAAGGUGGCUUUUAAGAUGUAUCCUGGGAAUGGUCAUGCUACAGAAAACGGUUCUCACACCAGGAGAGACCAGGUCACCAGCCAAGAUGGUACAGGCAAGAUGUCCUCUGUUCCAGACAUCAUCUCGACCAGCCAGGACCAGAGAUACAGCAUGAAAGAUGAGAGUGUUGAAAGGAACUCCACGUGGAUGAUGGAUUCAAGCAGCCAGGCCUAUUCAGGGCCGGAGGACAACUCCACAGACCCACAUGAGACAAUGACAGAGACUUCAACUCUGACCUUUGUGGAUGCCCUCACCAUGGAGGAAUCAGCAGAGAACCACAGCCUCCACGUGGUGAGGAUGGUUUACCUUAAGGAGUUUGUGCUGAUAGAUGAUGAUGAUGAUGGAGACAUGUCACUAAGAGAGAAAACGGUGACAGACUUGUCCGUCAUGGAUGGAAAAGCUGCUGACCUGGUGUGUGGGAGGUUGUUGUCCACUUCCAGUGGCUCAGAGUCUGAGUAUAAGGAGGAAUCUCCGGCUCCUGGCGCGCCUCCACCUGAGGAAGUUGAGACUGCAUAUGAAAAGAAACGCUGCUGUUUCUGCACUGUUUUAUGACCAACCAGGACGUGAAGGAUCAUAGUUUUGAACCCUGCAGCAGUUUGUGUGUCCAAGUUUAGGACUGUGAAGAUGUCCUGGACAACUCUGUGUUCUGAUCACUCAACUGGGCUUAUAUACUGUAUGUGUUCCUGUUGAAGCACAGAGCACAUUUCUAGGUAUAGUGACAUACACAGUGUCAUUUUGUUUUCUUAUACAGCUUUUCUUUUAAUCCAAUUUUCUGGCACUGAUUUUACAGAGCCAUUAUUUGACAUUAAAAGCACUCAACCAGCAAAAAUAUUUUUGUUUGUCUGAAACGUCAGCCACUAAUGUGUUUUUGUAAGACUCCUCAUUUACGUAAUUAUGGCAUGUAUGUAUGCUGAGAGGUGUAAUGCUUUCUGUUUGAUUUACAUUUAAAGAAUUUGAUCAUGCAGGCUAAGAAAAUCAUUUAACAGUUUAGCAAACACAUCUCUGAAGUCUAUUAUAAAAAUUUGAUACUAAAAAAUGCAUGUUCCUGUAAUAUUUGAUCUGAAUGACAGACUUUGUGACUACACAGAAGGUCUAGAAAGAUCAGGUGCUAACAAAAAAUAAAGAUAUCUUCAAUAGCCAA